GCUUUCAUUCAGCAGAGAAACAUGUGCACUUCUCCUGAAAUUCACUUUAAGUCAACCCAGGGCUGUGAACAGUAUUGAUCCCUGGCACUCAAUGAGAGGACUAACGGGAAUCCACACAAGGGCUUGGACGCUUACCGGUGCACAUUUGGAACUUGGUACUGCUGCAUAAUGGGUUACAAAGCGCCAUCCAUGCAUUGUGUCUUAAGAUGUCUAUGCUUCAUGCUUCUCCAUUUGUUUAGUGCAGCUCAAGAUGAAGACCUAAGAAGUUGUAGGACUGCACCGUGUGAUUUGGUCUUUAUUCUAGACGGCUCCUGGAGUGUCGAAGAUAUCAAUUUUGAAAUAGUAAAGCGAUGGCUCGUCAACAUAACGACAAGCUUCAACAUUGGACAGAAGUUUACCCAGGUUGGAGUCGUCCAGUACAGCGAUGACCCCGUUUUAGAGAUACCUCUGGGGAAGUACUCCUCUAACAGAGAACUCAUCAAAGCCAUGGAGUCCAUCGAGUACAUGGGGGGAAACACAAGGACAGGGACAGCCAUUAAGUUUGCAACAGACAAGCUGUUUGGCCUUUCUGAGCGCGGCCCAUCAGGUGUUUCCAGAAUUGCUGUAGUUCUCACAGAUGGGAAGUCACAAGAUGAGGUAUUAAAAGCAGCAGAGGCAGCGAGAAAAAAAGGAGUAAUUCUGUUUGCAAUUGGUGUUGGCUCAGAGACUGAAGAGGCUGAGCUAAGGGACAUUGCAAACCAGCCAUUCUCAACUUAUGUGUUCUCUGUUGAGGACUACAAAGCAAUUUCCAGGAUUAUACAGGUCAUACGACAAAAACUAUGUGAAGAGACUGUUUGUCCAGCCAGAAUUCCUAUAAACUCCAGGGAUGAGAAAGGAUUUGAUCUCCUGUUACAUUUAAACUUGGCUAAAAAAGCAAAGAAGACAAAAGGAGCGUUUUAUGGCUCUAAGGCCUAUGAAGUGACAUCUCGUCUGGACUUGAGUGAAGCAACACGGAACCUUUUUCCAGAUGGUCUGCCUCCAUCCUACGUCUUUGUGGCCACACUGAGGUAUAAAGGAUCAGUGGCAAUGGAGGAGUGGGAUCUAUGGAGAAUACAGACACGUGAUGGGACACCUCAGAUGGCAGUGACUCUAAAUGGACAUGAUCGCACUGUCAUGUUCACAACAACAAGCAAAUCACCAAGUGGAACUCAGACGGUUACAUUUUCCCAGCAGACAACAAGAAAGCUUUUUGAUGAGACAUGGCACCAGAUGCGUCUGCUGGUCACUGAGGAGGAUGUGACUCUUUAUGUAGAUGACCUGGAAAUCGAGACCCUAUCCUUGGAGCCCCCAGUUGGCAUCUUUAUCAAUGGAAAAACCCAAGUUGGAAAAUACGUCAGAAAGGAAACAACAGUACCAUUUGAAAUUCAGAAACUUCGCAUCUACUGUGACCCCGAGCAGAACAACCGAGAGACGGCAUGUGAAAUACCUGGAGUGUGCUCCAAAAGUCUCGAUUACCCUGAACCAACUCAAGAGCCAUGUGCUUGUCCUCCGGGACCCCCCGGACCUCCAGGAAUAAAGGGAGACCAAGGAAAUGUUGGCAAACCUGGUCAGUCUGGACCUGCUGGUGCUGAUGGUAAGCCUGGUAACCCUGGCGCUAGAGGGAGUGCGGGGCUGCCAGGCCCACCAGGAGUAGAGGGGAAACGUGGGCCAGAUGGGAACAAAGGCGAGCAAGGGAGGCCUGGUGUUUCGGGUGAGAGGGGUAUGCCUGGAUUACCAGGGCAGCCUGGAAAACCUGGAGAGAAGGGCUCAGUUGGAACCCCAGGAAUUUCAGGGCUACCGGGAAUUGCUGGGCAAGUGGGUGAAAAAGGCAGCAUGGGGCCUGUCGGGCCCCCUGGUUAUCCAGGAAAACCUGGAACACCUGGGAGGGAUGGAAAGGAUGGAUUUCCAGGGAGACCGGGAGAAAAGGGAGAAGCUGGGACCAACGGCAUUCCUGGUGCUGAUGGAAGGGAAGGCCAUCCGGGCAUGCCUGGAUUGCCAGGGAUUGCGGGUCUGAAUGGACAAAAGGGGGACUCUGGUUUGCCUGGUCCAAAGGGCUUCAAAGGAUCAGCCGGCCCACCUGGUGAGAUGGGCUUACCUGGUGAACCUGGUUUAAAAGGGCAAACCGGACCUAAGGGGAGUAAGGGCGAAAGUGGAAGUCAAGGUAUUCAAGGAACACCGGGACCUGCUGGAAGUGCAGGAGAACCAGGAAGUCCAGGUCAGCCAGGGCACCCAGGCAUGCCAGGCUUGAAGGGCAGCAAGGGACAAAGAGGAAAUCAAGGGGAAAGGGGAGUGAUGGGACUAACAGGGGGAAAGGGAGAGCCUGGUCGACCUGGGGAGCGUGGCUUCACUGGUCCAACAGGACAAAAAGGAGAGAAAGGGACAGCAGGAGAACCGGGACAGAGAGGCCAAGAAGGUCAAGUGGGGCGGCCUGGACAGUCUGGUCACUCAGGACCACCUGGCCCCAGAGGGCUGCAGGGGGACACAGGUCCACCAGGCCCACCUGGACCUGAAGGACGAUCUGGAAGUCUAAUGUCAGACAGUCACAUCCGACAGAUCUGCAGGGAGAUACUUCAGUCUGAGCUGCCUUUGUUGUUGAUGAGUAACCAGCAGGGUAGCUGUACAAGAUGUCAAAGCCGGCCUGGAUCUCCUGGCCCUCCUGGUCCAAUGGGGCCCCAGGGACUCAGGGGUCUUCCUGGACUUAUGGGCUCCAGGGGUCAGCCAGGCCACCCUGGUCGACCAGGGCACCAUGGAAUUAACGGGCUGAAAGGAGAACCAGGUCUCAAGGGUGAGAAAGGGAGUCCUGGUCGAACCACCACUGGAGACCAAGGGCCAGCCGGGCCCCCAGGUCCAAUGGGUCCCCAGGGGUAUGGUAAGCCAGGUCCUCCAGGUAAGCCUGGGUCUCCUGGUCUAAACGGGGCAGAGGGCAAAAGCGGUAAUCCUGGCAUACCCGGCCAGCCUGGGGUGUGUGAUCCAUCCAUGUGCUAUGGUAGCAUGAUGAGGCGGGAUCCUUACAGCAAAGGGCCAAACUAUUGACGUAAUGCAUCGUCUCAAGCUGUCACGGAACAAACAGACAUUCUCAGGAAGAUCUCAUCUUAAUAGUUUCACUCUGUUGUGGAAAUAAAAACAGACCUCCUCUAACAACCUCGACGUGAUUUCAGACAGUCAGCAGAACCGAAUUCCUUCAUUUGCUCAUUGUUAUUUUGUAUUAUUAUUAUUCACAUCUUUUGAACAUGAUUUGUGCUUUCAGUGGUGUAAAGAUCAUUCAUUAUUGGCUCCGUUUGAUGCCUGUCACAUGAGCACCUAUAACUCAUGGACUAUAUGUAUGUCUGGAUUUUUCUUUAGCCAGUGUGGCUGGUACAGUUUUCCUUUGCUGCAUGUUGCUUCCUAUUUUUUCUGUAAACAUGGAACAGGUGCUAUAAGUUCUGUUAAAAAUGCAGCUUAUGUUAUCUAUAAAUGUAAUUAAUGGUGAAAUAUAUCACCAUAACAUGUAGAAUUUGCAGUGUUUUACUAUAAGACUGUACGUUUUGUUUCAUGUAGCUGGUUACGAGCUGCUGUAUUCUUCUUUCUAUGGCAACCUGUCUGAAUGUUAAAUCACUAUGAAAACAUUGGAUCACAGCUAAUAUUUUGUAUCAUCAUUAUUACAUCCCUGCAUCAAAUUAACCAUUAAUUUCCAUGGCAUUUAAAUGUAAUUACACAAUUAAAUGUUAAUGAUAUAAGAACAUGGUUACUAUUUUUGAGAACUAAUAUGUAAAAAAUGUCCUUGAGGCACCCUUUUAUUACUGUAGAAGGUAUUUUGUUGUUAUUUAUAAAGAAGUCAGAGCUGUCUUUAUCAGCAGUGAUGUGUCUUUAACAGCUUUUGUAUUUUUUUACUUUUUGUAAAGAUGACUUUGUAUGAAUCCUUUUUUUACAGGAAUUAAAAUAUG